AAUAAUAUCUAACGGCAAAACAAAACGCCACCUCCCUCCGUUCCCACCUUUAAAUACCACAUCUCUUCCGAAUCAACCCAAAUCCAUUAAUCAUUUGCGCUUAAACCCCUAACAUUCUCUCGCUCUAUUAACAAUCAUCCAAUUCAUCUCGAUCAGCGCCGAAGAAACUGUCGGUGUAAAUAAUGGCGAGCGCCAGAGUAGAUCUCGACGGAAAUCCGAUUAAGCCGAUCACCAUAUGCAUGAUCGGUGCCGGCGGCUUCAUCGGCUCGCACCUCUGCGAGAAGCUGAUGGCCGAGACGCCGCACAAGGUUCUGGCGGUGGAUGUCUACAGCGACAAGAUCAAACACCUCCUCGAGCCGUCGUCGCUGCCCUGGGCUGAUCGCAUCCAGUUCCACCGCCUCAACAUUAAGAACGAUUCUCGCCUCGAAGGCCUCAUUCGGAUGGCGGAUCUUAUCAUAAAUCUUGCUGCUAUAUGCACUCCAGCAGACUACAAUACGCGCCCACUUGACACGAUCUACAGCAACUUCAUUGAUGCUCUCCCCGUGAUUAAAUACUGCUCGGAAAAUGGAAAGCGCCUCAUUCAUUUCUCCACUUGUGAAGUAUAUGGGAAAACAAUUGGUUGCUUUUUACCCAAAGAUAGCCCACUGCGGCAGGAUCCUGCUUACUAUGUUCUAUCGGAAGAUUCCUCCCCUUGCAUCUUUGGCCCCAUUGAGAAACAGAGAUGGUCAUAUGCAUGUGCAAAGCAGUUAGUUGAAAGGUUGAUAUAUGCCGAGGGGGCGGAAAACGGUCUUGAGUUUACAAUUGUGAGGCCCUUCAACUGGAUUGGACCCAGGAUGGACUUUAUACCUGGGAUUGAUGGCCCAAGUGAGGGUGUUCCUAGAGUUCUUGCCUGCUUUAGCAAUAACCUCUUAAGGCGUGAACCGCUGAAGCUUGUCGAUGGUGGUGAAUCACAGAGAACUUUUGUUUACAUCAAAGAUGCCAUUGAAGCUGUCCUGUUGAUGAUUGAAAAUCCAUCCAGGGCUAAUGGUCAGAUAUUUAACGUUGGCAAUCCUAACAAUGAAGUUACAGUCAGGCAGCUUGCUGAAAUGAUGACUCAGGUUUACUCAAAGGUUAGUAAAGAACCUUCACUGAGUACACCUACGAUUGAUAUAAGCUCCAAAGAAUUUUAUGGUGAAGGAUACGAUGAUAGUGACAAGAGAAUUCCUGACAUGACCAUAAUCAACAAACAACUUGGUUGGAACCCAAAGACAUCGCUUUGGGACUUGCUCGAGUCGACUCUUACAUAUCAACACCGAACAUACGCAGAAGCUGUAAAGAAGGCUACUUCAAAGCCGGUGGCAAGUUAAGAAGUAUGAAAUGAGAUUUGCUGCUUCCUUCGUGUCUCGUUUCGGAGUGAUCAUUGUAUGGUUUCUUGUCUAAUGUGUCAUAGUACUAAAAAUGAGAGCUUAAAACGUUGGAUGUGGAGAUAGGGUUGGUUUGUUACGUUGGAUCUACUUUUGGGGCAGUAGUGUAUCAUAUUCGAGUAAAUCAUAGAGGGGAAAUCUACAAGAAUAUUUUUUUAAGGCCUACAAGAGAGGAGGGAGGAUGUUGUGUCUUGUUACUUUUAUGACUUUAACAUUAAUUAAUAUUGCUAUUUUUACCA